AAGCAGCCUCUUUCAAGUAAAAAAGGGUCACGCCAACUUGGAAACACACAGCCGCCAUGACGCCGGGUUUGCGUGUCUUGCUCGGUGCCCUGCUGCUGCUCUCCGCGGCGGCGGCGGGCGUCGAAGGAGGGCGAAUUUUGGUGUGGUACACCGAGGGCAGCCACUGGAUUAACAUGAAACCCGUACUGGAGACGCUGGUGGACCGGGGACACCACGUUACCGUCUUGGUCCCGAGUGCUUCGCUCUUCAUGAACGCCAGCGACGAGUCCCGCUUCCACUACGAACCCUUCAAUGUCACCUUCGAGCUGGAGGCCAUGAAGACGUUCAUGAAGGAAUUCCUGGCUUUCUCCAUUUACGAGAUGGACCACAUGAACGUCUUUCAGAUUUACAUGAAGUUCUUGGCCUUGAUGAAAGUGGACAUGGAGUAUACUUUGCAGUAUCUGGACGGCGUGUUGAAAUCAGACGUCAUCAUGGGAAAGCUGAAGGAGGGCAACUAUGACCUUCUCCUGUCUGACCCCAUCUACCCGGGAAGUGACCUGGUGGCUGAGAUUCUGGACGUCCCCCUCAUCUACUCCCUGCGCUUCUCGAUCGUUCAUAACAUGGAGCGGCACUGCGGUCAGAUGCCCGCCCCGCCCUCUUUCGUGCCGGGCGCCAUGAGCAAGCUAACUGACAAGAUGAACUUCUUCGAGAGGAUGUGGAACUUUGGCUUCUACGCCAUCAACGACAUGGUGGUAAACCUAGCGCUGUGGAAAGAACUGGAUCGAUACUACACAGAGUUCAAAGGCAAGCCCACGAGUGCCUGCGAGUCAGCAAGCAGGGCGGACAUCUGGCUGAUGAGGACGUACUGGGAUUUUGACUAUCCUCGUCCUUUCCUACCCAACUUCAAGUUUGUUGGUGGAAUCCACUGCCGACCGGCGAAGGCCUUACCUGAGGAUAUGGAAGAGUUUGUGCAGAGUUCAGGCGAAGACGGCAUCGUGGUCUUCACUUUGGGAUCCUUCAUCCAGAACAUAACCACAGAGAAGGCCAACAUGAUCGCCGCUGGCCUUGCUCAGAUUCCCCAGAAGGUGCUUUGGCGGUACAGCGGAGAAAAGCCAGCCACUUUGGCCCCCAACACAAGACUAUACGACUGGAUCCCUCAGAACGACCUGCUGGGUCACCCCAAGACUCGGGCCUUCGUCACCCAUGGGGGAACCAACGGCAUCUAUGAGGCCAUCUACCACGGGGUCCCCAUGGUGGGCAUACCCUUGUUUGCCGACCAGCCGGACAACAUGGUGCACAUGAAGGCAAAGGGCGCCGCCGUCGUCGUGGCACUGAACUUCAUGACGUCUGAGGACCUCAGCAACGCCAUCGGGACUGUCAUCAACGACAAGUCGUACAAGGAGAACGCCAUGCGGCUGUCCAGGAUCCACCACGACAGACCCAUGAGUCCCCUGGACGAGGCAGUUUUCUGGAUCGAGUUCACCAUGAGACACAAAGGCGCCAAGCACUUAAGGGUCCAGGCACACAAGCUCACCUGGUACCAGUACCACAGCCUGGAUGUGGUGGGAUUCUUACUCGUGGUCGUCCUCCUCGUCGCACUCCUAGUCAUCAAGACUUGCAAGUUUUGUGUCAGAAGAUGCUGCCGCCGGAAGAAGCCGAUAAAAAAAAGAAAAGCUGAGUAGUCAGGGUCAAGCGAAAGACACAGACGACAUAAACACUGGGUGAUGACUGACUUGCGUUUGUGUGAAUGUUAUACUCACCAGACAUAUUAGCUCUAUAUUAGGUCUGCAUGGCCAUUCUGAAGCAAUCCGAUAUGAGAGCUCUGUCAAAAAAAAACCCAAAUAUUAGAAACAGUUCUUUGAACAAUGCAGUACAUUUGUACACCAUUGUAAUCAACUCCAGUAAUAAAAAUAUUUAAACAUUACUAUGGCUAUGUUAACAGCAGUAACUGAUUCUCUUUUAUAACCUCAACACAUCAACAGCACUGCAAUUCCAGCACCAUAUACAUUAUGUAUCUCCAACUCACAAACACGUCAUGUGUAACGCGGAAAUAGAGUAACAAUGCAGUAAGUACACUCGUAAUUCCCAGAAAAUACUCAACUUAAAUGACGUGUCUUUGAACACAACUUCUAGUGUGAUUAAAAUGUGCUACUUUGAAAGAAACUAGCAUUAAGUACACAGAUUUUCAUACAUCCGCUUUAGCUUGAUUACCGUAUUUUCUGGACUAUAAGUCGCACAAGGCCAAAAAUGCAUCAUUAGGUAGAAAAAAACAUCCAUAAGUCACACUGGAGUGGCAUUUUUUGCAGGUAAUUUAUUUUCCAAACUACUUGAUAAAAACAGACAUUAUGUCCUCUUGGAAGUUCUAACAAAACAAUAGAACAGGCUGAAUAGGUGUAAGAUAUGCUAAUUCGGCUACACCAAAAAUAAACAUGAACAGAAAAGGUGUCCAGUGUUUAUGGAACAUAAACACUUUUUUUCAUUUAUAAGUCGCUCUGGAGUAUAAGUCGCAGGAACAGCCAACCUAUGAAAAAAGUGCAACUUAUAGUCCGUAAAAUACG